UUGAUUAAACCGUUUCAAACAGGAGUGUGGCCAUGUUCGACGACAUCCACCCCAUGGCUAGAAAGACGGAGGCCCGUGGAUCGGCGGCGGCGGCAUCGGGGAGGCAUACUCCGGCCGACGUCGAUGGGGUAGCUGCCUCGUCUUUUCUCUGGUCGACGACUGUUCUCGCGCCCUCCACGGCGGUAUCCGUGGCGCUUUUCGCCUUGCUGAUCCGCUUGCUGGUGUCGCUCGGCCCGUACUCCGGCCAAGGAACGCCAUCCAUGUACGGGGACUACGAGGCCCAGAGGCACUGGAUGGAGAUCACUCUCCACACGCCGACCGCCGAGUGGUACCGCAACACCGCCGCAAACAAUCUCUCUUAUUGGGGCCUCGACUACCCACCUCUCACCGCGUACCAGAGUCUCGCCCACGCCUUCCUCAUCAACGCUUCCAUCCCUGAAUCUCUUGCCCUCUCUUCCUCCCGCGGGUUCGAGUCCCAUAAAUCGAAGCUGGCAAUGCGGUGGACGGUGUUGUCUUCGGACUUGCUUGUGCUCUUUCCGGCAGCCAUCUACUUUGUAUCGGUUUAUUUUCGGCGCAAUGUUGGCGGGAAUGCGAAGGGACGGUCUUCCCCUUGGUUUCUUGCGAUGAUCUUACUGAAUCCUUGCCUGAUCCUCAUUGAUCAUGGACAUUUUCAGUACAACUGCAUCAGCCUUGGCUUAACACUGGGAGCCAUAGCAGCUAUUUUGUCCCAAAAGGAAAUUACUGCUUCUAUUCUCUUCUGUCUUGCAAUCAAUCAUAAACAGAUGAGUUUAUACUAUGCACCUGCAUUCUUUAGCCAUCUGCUUGGCAAAUGCUUCAGACGUAAAAAUCCAAUCUUUGAAGUCUUGAAACUUGGACUUGUGGUUAUUGGAAUUUUUGCACUUGUUUGGUGGCCUUACAUACAUUCUGUUCAGUCGGUGAUGGAGGUGAUUCACAGAUUAGCUCCUUUUGAGAGGGGGGUGUUUGAAGAUUAUGUUGCCAAUUUUUGGUGUAGCACCUCAAUGCUUAUAAAGUGGAAGAGGAUAUUCACAAUAAGUACAAUGAGAUUUAUAUGUUCUAUUGCAACAAUUUUGGCAUUUUUCCCGUCAUUUGUUCAGCAGAUAAAGUCUCCAAGUGAUCUAGGUUUCCUCUAUAGUUUGCUGAACAGCUCAUUUUCAUUUUACCUGUUCUCUUACCAAGUGCACGAGAAGUCAAUUCUACUACCUCUUCUACCUGCGAGCCUCUUAGCACUCCAAGAACCUACCCUGUUUGGGUGGCUGAUAAAUUGUUCCCUAUUAUCAAUGUACCCUCUCGUGUGUCGCGAUAAAUUGUCACUGCAAUAUGGAUCUGUUCAUGCUCUGUUUGCUCUUAUAUUCUACGCUCCUCAUGGAAAGCAGCAUGGAAGGGUAGACAAGUCUUCAACAAAACGAGUAGCUCUUUUGACAGUAGGAUUAAUUUGUUCCGCGGCACUUCAUUUGGUUUAUUUAGGUUUAGAGCCUCCAAAGAGAUAUCCUUUUCUCUUUGAGGCCUUGAUUAUGUCUUUCUGCUUCUCCCAGUUUGCUAUCUUCACUGUGUACACCAAUAUCAAACAGUGGAUGCUACUGGAUCACUCUUCUCUCAAGAUGAGAGUAAAGAAGGAUUCUUGAUCAGAAUUAUGGUGCAGGAGACAAGUUUAGCAUUCACUUGUAACUUAUAAUGAUUAUUUUUACAUGUUUUCGUGAGUAUUUGAUCGAUCGGGCAGCUUGUGAUACUCACUUCCACUGUUCUGUUUGAAAAUAGAGGAACAAAGUAGAAAUGAUUGUUGGUUAGUUUGAUUCAUUCAAUAGGACAUUCUUGUAUGUAAUGGAGAAUAGAAAUAUUAGACUAAGCUAUCUUCCAUCAUA